UGAUAUUAGUGGGUUUGGCGCAAAUAAUUUCUGGAGCGCACUGCUGUAUAAAGACGACGCCGGUCCGGAUUGGCGCAGUUUUCCAAGAGUUCGCUCACGACGCUUGGCUCAGUACCAGCGUCUUAAGCACCCCUAAGCUUUUUCGACUCUGAAAUUCGGCGCAAGCGUUGGUUAGAGCUUUAGUGCUCGUCGAGGCAGUAGUUGUUCAUUUCAUUGUGCUUGUGGAAGCGGUUGCAUGUCGCGGCGCGUGCAGUGAUGGGGCACGCGGCUAAGUGAUGCAAUGCGCGCGGUCUUCGUGCCCGUAUGUCUGCUGCUCGUGUCCCCGAUUUCCACCUGGUCUUGGGCCUCCAGCAGCGAGCUAGUUUUAAAUCCUAAGCAAAUGUGCAAGAAGGCACGUCAAUCGCGACAGUCUAAGAUGGCCGAUAUCUGCAAUAAGCCUGUUCUUUUGCAAAGCAUUGCACAAGGUGUGGAAUUGGCGCAGGAUGAGUGCCAGCAUCAGUUUCGGCACAGGCGCUGGAACUGCACCAAUGUCAAGAAGAGUAUGAAAAAGGUUAUGUUAAGAGAUACCCGAGAGACGGGAUUUAUGAAUGCCAUAAUAGCAGCGGGUAUCACCUAUAAAGUGACGAGAGCGUGUACAAAAGGAGAACAAAUUGGUUGUUCAUGUGAUAAAUUUAGAAAUAAGAAGAAAAAUAAAAAAAGAAAACUUGUGAACGUGCAGGAAAACGAGUUUGCAUGGCAAGGCUGUGGUGAAAACAUCGAAUAUGGAAUCAAAAAGUCUAAGGACUUUUUGGACACUCGAUACAAGAAGAGGAGUGAUAUGAAAACAUUAGUGAAGUUGCACAAUUACGUGGCUGGUAGAUUAGCAAUAAAAAAUUACAUGCACAAAGACUGUAAAUGUCAUGGGUUAUCGGGAGCGUGUUCUAUGAAGACAUGCCUAAGAAAAAUGCCACAUUUCCGAGAAGUUGGUGAUAGAUUGAAACAACGUUUUGAUGGAGCAGCUAAAGUAAUACCGGGCAAUGACGGGAAGAGUUUCAUCCCAGAAGGGGCCACUAUUAAGCCACCUAGCAGAACCGAUUUAGUAUAUUCAGAGCAAUCGUCAAGCUUCUGCAAUCCGAACAACACCAUAGGAAGCUUUGGCACUCAGGGCAGAAUAUGUGACGAAACAUCCCCAGGCGAAGACGGUUGUGGUAUCUUAUGUUGUGCCCGAGGCUUCCAUUCAUAUUCGAAAGUACAACAAGUAAACUGCCGUUGUGCAUUUCAUUAUUGCUGUGACGUGAAAUGUGAUGUCUGCAAUGAAACUGUAAGGUACAGCAUUUGCCAAUAAUUGUUUUCGAAAUUGAUGUAUAUAAUUGUGAUUAUUUAUCGUAUUGUCUUACAUGUGAUUUUUCAAUUACUAAUAAAAGCUUGUAAAUACUA